GAACCGCGUAAAGUGCCAUUUGCGAAGACGCGACUUGGGCUAACACUAGGGUUAUUAUCGGUUAUCGCUGAUAUCAGGAUAACAGGUCGACCAUCCAUCCGCCUUGUCAGCCUCGUGGUGCAACAGCCCGAGAUCGUACGAAUACGCAACUCCUCAGAGAGAUAUUGUUGAAGAUCACCUCGGGCAAUCAUACUACAUUCAGAAUAUAAGAGGUUAUUGCGAAAAUGUCGACCAGAGCUGCAAGCCAUGCAGGCUCGUGGUAUUCCUCAGCUCCGGCGACACUCUCGAGUGAGCUCGAUGGCUGGCUGGCUCAGGUUCCCGACAGCAUCGAUGGCAACAAACUACCUGUUCCAGGUGCGAGGGUGAUUAUUGCCCCUCAUGCCGGCUACUCAUAUUCCGGCCCUGCUGCUGCUUGGGCGUAUAAGUCCCUGGACCUCUCAAAGGUCAAACGCGUCUUUCUCCUGGGCCCGUCCCACACCCUGUACCUGUCCGGCUGUGCGAUAUCUUCUCAAGAAUACUAUGCUACGCCAUUGGGCAACCUCAAACUAGACCAGGCAACCAUCAAAGAACUUCAAGCAACUUCGAAGUUCGACCCGUGGAAAGCGAAGUCCGAGGAAGCUGAACACAGCCUUGAGAUGCACCUCCCUUACAUCUACAAGGUCCUUGCCAACACCUUCAAAUCCCCCGACGACUUCCCUCAGCUCGUUCCAGUCCUCGUCGGCGCCACAUCUGGACCGACCGAGCGAAGUUAUGGCCAGAUAUUUGCGCCUUACCUCGCUGAUCCAACAUCGGUCUUCGUGGUGAGCUCAGACUUCUGCCACUGGGGCGAGAGAUUCCAGUAUACAUACUACCUCCCCGCAUCACCUUCUGCAAACUCGGACGGCUACAGCCUCCGUCGACGCGAUAAAACGCCUACAAAUCCCUGGAUUCAUGAGAGUAUAGGCAAGAUAGACAAACUGGCCAUGGAUGCCAUUGAACAAGGGACGCACCAGGGCUUCCUGGACAACUUGGAGGAUACAGGCAACACUGUAUGCGGGCGUCAUCCUAUUGGACUUGUCAUGGCAGCGUUAGAGGUUCUCAAACAAGAGGGGAAGAUCUCCGCUGAGAAUGGUGGGCGAUUUAAGUUUGUUCGGUAUGAGCGCAGCAGCGACGUGAAGGAUAUCAAGGACUCUUCGGUCAGCUACGCAUCUGCGGUAGCCAUCCUUUGAUGGCCCAGAGAUACUCACCCCUAGAGAUAGAAGGAAUUAUUAAUUUGCUCAUUGAAGUACGCUGAGGCCGUGUCUUAUAAUUAUGUAGAAGUUGAAAAAGUCUAAGCCUCCAUAAUGGAUCUCUGAUUCCACGGUGGGGGACAAUCCUUGGUGAAUCCCCGCUAGAAGCUCGUCCCGCACAGACCAAGCGCACGGACCAUUUUGUUUAUCACCUGAAUUUAUCUUCCAUUGCCUCUCGUCGAACUUUUUUGCUGU